AUGUAUACCAAACAGCCCAUAAAUGUUUCUGGGUUUUCCAGCGAAUCCAAAGUGGUAGAAAAAGAAGACGAAGAUAAGGAGUCCUUAACUGAAAACUCACCACCGCCAAUAGUGCGAAAUGAAGUUUCAAAUGUUACAGAAACUUCAUCCAAAAACGUUGAGAUUAUCGUGGAGGAGAAGAAGAGUAAAGAAACUGUAUUAAGGAAGGCUUUAAUUUCAAGUGCAAGAGAUUGUGAUGUUAGAAGAGGAAAAUGGGUUUUCGAUGAAAGCUAUCCAUUAUAUACAAAUACUUCUUGUCCUUUCAUAGAUGAAGGGUUCAAUUAUGAGAGUAAUGGGAGACCAGAUACAGGUUACAGUAAGCAAACAUAUUAACUGAAAUGGCUGGACACAAGGUUGCUCAUGCUGUCCUGAAAGGACCGAGUGUUGUCAAGGAGUUAUGCAUUGGAUCGGUUCUUGCUUUGGCUGCAGGUAGCCUCUGGAAAAUGCAUCACUGGAAUGAGCAAAGAAAAGUGAGGACUUUCUAUGACUUGCUCGAGAAGGGUGAGAUCGGUGUUGUGGUGCAAGAAGAGUAAAUAAUAGCUGUUUUUCUCUUAUGAUUUUCUUAUUUGGCUGUUUGCAAUCAUUUUGGGUUUUCCGCAUUUGGCUCUUGAGCUUUGAUAUUGAAUUUUCAAAGAAUAAAUUUCCCCUAUUCAAUUGUGGAUAUAAUUUGAUGUACUAUUGCAUCUUAUAGAAAUUGGUAUUUACUUUGCUUUGCGUCCACAUAGUUUUAUGGAAUUGCUUGAACUGCA